GCCUUGCCACCUCUCCUGGCGGCAUCAGCGGCCUUCUUCUGUGCUGCUUUCUGUUGUCGUUUUAUAAGGAAACGGACAGUGGACUAGCCAGAGGUUUGGGCUAGAAUGAGGCGAAACUGCUAGUGCUAUACAGACAAUCAAAAGUUUAGCCCAUCCAGUUCAUCAGGCAUCUUAGUCUCACUCACUUGAAAAGCCCAAUUAUGGAAUCUCAAAGCCCAUAACUCAAUGUUACCCGGAAUAAAUCACCCUUCGUCAUCGAUCCUCUCACCUCUUUGUUUCAACUCUUUUGGAAAGCACACCCGCUUAAGCCAGUACAAGAAUCUGAAUUUUUCAGCGGAGUUUUUGUUUCAAAAUUAUCAGGGAUAAUCAAAGAAUGAUGCUUUUGAAGAGGUAUGUGCUGAGAUUAUUUAUUUCCCUGAAGUACAUUACAGCAAAUGUUGUAGACAGAAAUAAUGGAAGGAUUGUUGCAACAGCGUCCACCGGUGAACACUCCAUCAAGAACACUCUCGAGUGUGGUCGUUCUUGUAAUGCCAAAGCAGCCACUACAGUUGGAGAAGUGUUAGCUAUGCGGCUCAAGGUAAAAGGUCUUGAUCAGGGGGAAGGAAGAGGAAUCCAUGUUGAUUUAAACAAAGAGGUUGAGAAGAAAGGUUUUAAGAACCGCACCAAGAUUUGGGCUAUUGUCAACUCCCUUAAGAAUAGUGGAGUAAAGCUCGUCCUAAAUGAUAAUGAUGAUGAUGACAACCAUCUAGGCCAAAUUUCUAAAUAAAUUUUAGUCUCUUUGUUGAUAACUAUAUGUGUAUGUAGUUUAUAUAUGGGGCUAGUUUGGUAGAGUAUUUGUAAAGUAACAGAAAUGGUGGUAGCAGAAAUGGUGGACAAUUUUAGUAGCAGAUAUGCUGAUUGAAUGCUGGGUAGGUGUUUGGUUGAA